AUGGGGGAUUCCGAUUUGGCGUCUCCGCUGAUCCAGCGCGAUCAACCAGAGGUUGUUAUCUCAAUCGAUCACGACGGCGACGACUCAGGACUUGAUAUUCCCGCCUCACGAAAACCCCUCGGUGAAAACGACGACGGUCGUGUUUCACGUGGUUUCGAAUUUGACCAUCUCAAUCCAAGUAAUCCUUUCCGGUUCCUCAGCGACGCCGAGCCUCCGGUUCUCGGUCCGACGACGGUGGAUCCAUUUCGGAACGACACCCCUGGAGUUUGCGGAUUGUACGAGGCGAUUAAGAUCGUGAUUUGCCUCCCGAUUGCUCUGGUUAGACUUGUUCUCUUCGGGCUUAGCUUAGCUAUUGGUUACUUGGCUACGAAAUUGGCGCUCGCUGGCUGGAAAGAUAAACACAACCCUAUGCCUCAAUGGAGAUGUCGAAUCAUGUGGAUCACUCGGAUCUGUACCAGAUGUAUCCUCUUCUCUUUCGGUUAUCAGUGGAUACGAAGGAAAGGGAAACCUGCUCGGAGGGAGAUUGCUCCGAUUGUUGUAUCAAACCAUGUAUCAUAUAUUGAACCAAUCUUCUAUUUCUAUGAAUUGUCACCAACCAUUGUUGCAUCGGAGUCGCAUGAUUCGCUUCCAUUUGUUGGAACUAUCAUCAGAGCAAUGCAGGUGAUAUAUGUGGAUAGAUUCUCACAGGCAUCAAGGAAGAACGCCGUGCAUGAAAUCAAGAGAAAAGCUUCCUGCGAUAAGUUUCCCCGCUUGCUGUUGUUCCCUGAAGGAACCACGACUAAUGGGAAAGUUCUUAUUUCCUUCCAACUCGGUGCUUUCAUCCCCGGUUAUCCGAUUCAACCUGUAGUGGUCCGGUACCCCCAUGUACAUUUUGAUCAAUCCUGGGGGAAUAUUUCUUUGUUGAUGCUCAUGUUUAGAAUGUUCACUCAGUUUCACAAUUUCAUGGAGGUCGAAUACCUUCCAGUAAUCUAUCCCAAUGAAAAUCAAAAACAGAAUGCUGUGCGUCUCUCGAAGAAGACAAGUAAUGCAAUUGCAACAUCUUUGAAUGUCGUCCAAACAUCCCAUUCUUAUGGGGACUUGAUGAUACUCAACAGAGCAUCUGAGUUAAAGCUGGAGAACCCCUCAAAUUACAUGGUUGAAAUGGCCAAGGUUGAUUCGCUAUUCCAUGUAAGUAGCGUAGAGGCAAUGCGGUUUUUAGAGACAUUUUCUUCCAUGAAUCCGGACUCAAGUGGACGCGUUACGCUACAUGACUUUCUCCGGGUUCUUAGACUGAAGCCUUGCACUCUUUCUGAAGGGAUAUUCGGGUUCAUCGAUGUGGAGAAGGCCGGUUCAAUCACAUUCAGACAGUUCUUGUUUGCAUCGGCUCAUGUAUCGACACAGCCACUGUUUCAGCAAACAUGCGAGCUAUCCUUUUCCCAUUGUGACGCAAACGGAGAUGGCUACAUCUCCAUCGAAGAACUUGGAGACGCUCUCAAACAGAGAAUGCCAAACUUGAACAAGGACGAGAUUCGGGAGAUGUACAGUUUGUUGGAUGAAGACAAUGAUGAAAAAAUCAGCAAGAGUGAUUUCUUGUCCUGCUUUAGAAAAAACCCUCUGCUCAUAUCUAUCUUUGCUCCUAACUCUGCUCCAACAUAA